AGAGCGACUGUCUGCUGUAACUUAUGUGGAAGAUUCAGAAGAAACUGCAGAUUUUAUUAAAACACACGGCCAGCUUCACUUUCAGUUGCAGUUAAUGGUGUGUGAGAGGAGUGGCGCCCUGCAGACAGACUGCCUGGCUCUGGAACGAUUCUUACAGCGCCUCAGCCUGGUACACACACAGGUGAAAAUUCAUUACAAGCUUCAGGUGAACGGGGCACCUUCCUUACGAAUCUAUGGUGAUAAACAGGGCUGCAGGUUCUCACUAAAGGGCAGGAGUUUGCUCACUGACAGUGCCCACUAUUUAACGUAUGAUGGUUCUGUGCUGGUUGAGCAGUGCGGCCGGGUGCACCCGGUCUCAGGCAGGGCUGUGUCUCUCUCGCUGCCCCAGGGUGUGGUGGAGUCAGGGCUUGGAGGAGAGCUCACCAUGCUCCCUGUAGCAGCCCUGUGCCCCUGCCUCAGACAGCACCCCAACAAGCCAGCUAGCAUCACCAGCCUUCACAUAUCCUUUCAACAGCACAGCACAGCAGAGCUAGCAUUGCAGGGAAGGGAAUAA